AUGUGGAAAAACUCUGACGGCGUUUAAACAACCGUGGUGUUCAUCUUUCCCCAAUCUUCCUGUUGACAUGUUAACCAGAUUCUCCAACUCUCUCUUUCAAUCUCUACAAAUAUAAUACACACACACCUCUUCCUCUUUCUCCUCAGUUGGUGAAAAAGGAGGAAUAACUUGGCCUAGAGUUGUUUUUUGGGAAUGAUUUUAUGAUAAAAUUCUUGGUGCUUAUACUUCUUGCAUUCGACUGUUCUAUGCUGUAAAUGUGACUGAGCAUGGGGGCUGCUUGUUGCGUUGCUGCGAAGGAUAGAACUAUAACCAGCAGAUCCGGAAGUGAGGUAUUACAGAGGAAUGUUCGUUAUUCGCCAUCAUGGAGCUUCCGGUGGGAUAACCGACGGCGAGUUGCAGGAGAGGAGAUGUCUGUCAACUCAUUAUCUGAUGGAGUCAACAGAAACGAUGGAUUCGAUAUUAAAUACCGUACAACUGUAGGAAGUGCUUUCGUAUCCGAAGAAGGAAGUCCAUUGGAUAGUUUCCGGUCAUAUACAUGGCAAAAAUCCCCGAUUCUUGAAAGAGAUACAGGACUUCUCUGUGUUCCUCCUUCAGAUCAGCCAAACUUCAAAGAUUCAACAGAGGUUAAAGAAUCUACAGCAAUCUCAGAUCCAUCUCCCACAAAGAUGUCACCUUCAACACGUUCAGUUUCACCAUUGCAAACAUCUCCUCUGUCAUAUCAACAUCACUUUCUUCCUGCUAGCUCAACUCCGUCUAGAUGCCCUCGCCGUUCUCCAGGACACCAGUUAUUAUGUCAAGUAUCAGAUAACCGAAUUGCAGGACACAGGUCACCAAGUUUUUCAAUUUCUGAAGACGGUUCUACUUUUGGGCGUCCUGCAUGGAGCAAUGAAACAAUUGGGGGGUCCAACGGAGGAUCUUCGGAUAACUGGUUUAUUCCGGGUUUUCCUGAGCUUAUGGCAGCUUCUCGUAGUGAUAGGUGGUCUUUCAAUAGUGAGUCAUUGGGCAUCACUCGAAGCAAGCUGACUCGGUCCAGUGGUCGAAGUUUUUCUUCAUCUGCUGAUCUUACAACUUGUGGAGUUUGCUUAAGGCCAAUAACUGAAAAAUCUUCAUGGGCGAGACACAGCAUUAUUGGCAUAAAUGAAGUUGCUGUGGUUGCUGUUCUAGUUUGCGGGCAUGCUUAUCAUGUCGAGUGUUUGGAGAAUAUGACACCACCAGAAAUUAGCAAGUAUGACCCUCCCUGCCCAGUUUGUACACUAGGAGAGAAGCAGACCCUAAAAUUAUCUGAAAAAGCAUUGCGAUCUGAAAUCUCUCUUGUUCAUCUGAAGAAUAAGAUUAGUAAAAUAAUAAAAAAGAAGGUUGUGGAUAGUGAUCAUAGCGGUGAUACUACAUUUAAUCGUCAGAAAAGUUGUGGGCUGAGCAGUUCUAAGACAGGCUCACAGUCCAGCAUGAAGAGUAACUCUGCGACACAUUUCUUAAAGAGACACUUUUCAUUUGGAUUGAAGGGGACCAAAAGCUUAUCUGAGGGCCAUUCUUCUCGAAAGAUGGGGUUCUGGUCAAAAUCAUUCAAGCAACGAGCUACACUGUAGGUGUGCAGAGAAGCACGCACCUUAGCGUGUCACUUAUUCGACCUGUUCUUUAGCUAAUGAAAACAGUAAUAGAUUUUUUUUUUAUUUUGUUAUAUAUAUAUUAUAUUCCUUAUCAUUGGCAAAACCUGCAAAUUAGCUAUUCA